CACCAGCCACGGACAAGAUGGCGUCUUCUUACCUCUGAGUCUGCGCUCGGCUCGUUUUGACACGCACUCGGGAGGCUUAAAAGGCUGUCAGACCUCCCAGCAGGCUCGAGCUCAUGUGACUCCAAGGAAGGUCUACUCAGAACAGCCCUGUAAUCAGAGGAGGAGAAAGCCAAGUUCAGCGUGAGGGAGACAGAUACAGAGAGACAGAGACAGACAGAGUCGACCAGCAAAGCCUUAAGGGAAAUGUAGUUCAAGGCCAGGACAGCGAAGUUGCUGGUAAUAGAAGGUAAUCACGUACCAGCCGGGGCCUGGCUGCAGUGGCCACGCCGGGCUGCGCCGCGGAGACUUCUGGGAGCGCUCGCCCGCCCUCGGAGUGCGCAGGCGCAGUGUACCGAGUGGACAUUUUGGUCUUUGUCCGCGGGUCAGUACUGCCCAAGGGUCCACGUGGCGCGAAAGUAGGAGGAGAAUCUACAAAGUAGAUUGCUACAAGUGGAAUUGCCCAGUGGAAAUGUUUUUCGAAUGAAUGGAUGAACCUACAUUUACGGGACAUUUCUAAUGUGACAUAGUUUCACUCAGAGUGAAACAAGGGCUGCUUCCAUGUGCGUCCUUGGAAACUGUGUCUUCCUCAUCCUUCAGAAGGUCUGAAGGCCCCAGGGCUCAGUCCGGGUUCUAGAACAGCACUUUAGCCCCAACAUUAACAUUGUAGUGCGUGUCAUUUCCCCAGUAGCAGGUUACAAAGUGACCAAACUGUAUAUGAUUCUCCAUUGAAGCAAGAAGACAAACUGGGUGGUGGAGAAAGAAGUGGAAAAGGAAGUCUGUCCAGAAGAAGCCUGAGAAAAUGAUGAGCAGAUAGAGAGUCAACAAGACUUGGGAGGCAAGUUACAUCCAUCUCCAAUAAAGUACAAACUGGAGAAAAAAGCAGUGAAUAUAAGAAAAUUGGAAAUAUACUUCCUCUGAUCUCAGACAUUUCUUUUAAGGCAACACCUGUUUGAAGUUUUGAGUUUGGAGCACAAUUUAGACUUACUUAAUCUUAAGAGAAGUUGUGUAAGAAAGAAUAAUCAAUUUAAUAAGUGGAAAUCCUUUGCCACAGCUUACUCCUUAUGGUAAUAACCCCCUAUAAGUAUAAAUCAGCAUGGAAAUGCCUCCAGUUUAAAAAGUGUUUGUACCCCAUCUGAUGAUCAGAGCAUUUGCACUGGAGAGAAACCCUAUGAAUUUACUGAAUGUGGGGAAACUUUUUCUCACAUGUCACAUCUCAUUGAACAUAGAAGCCAUGCUGAAGAAAAACCCUAUCCUUCUAAGGAAUACUGAAAAGCCUUUAGCUAGAUGACAAAUUCCAUUCAGCAGCAGAAAAUUCAUGCAAGAGAGAAACCAGUGAAUGUAGCAACAUUUCAUUGAAUAUUAGAAAAUUUAUACUGGAGCUUCGAAUGUACUGAGUAUGAUAAAAUUUCCUCUCUAACCUUCAUCGUUUAUUCUGCACUUGCAUGGUUGUACACAGAGAAGCCUUAUAAAUGUAAGAAAUGUGUAAAUAUCUACAGCCAAAAGCAAAUCGUCAUUCAUCAAAAAAUUCAUAUUGGAGUAAAACCUUGUGAAUGUGGAAAAGCUUCCAUUCAGAUGUCACACCUCAGUCAGCAGAGAAUUUAUAGUGGGGGAAACCCCUUUGCCUGUAAGGUAUGUGGGAAAGUCUUCAGCCACAAAUCAAAUCUCACUGAGCAUGAGAAUUUUCAUACUAGAGAGAAACCUUUUGAAUGUAACGAAUGUGGAAAAGCCUUUAGCCAAAAGCAGUAUGUCAUUAAACAUCAGAACACCCAUACUGGAGAGAAGCUUUUUGAAUGUAAUGAAUGUGGGAAAUCCUUUAGCCAGAAAGAAAACCUCCUCACCCAUCAGAAAAUUCACACUGGAGAGAAACCUUUUCAGUGUAAAGAUUGUGGGAAAGCUUUCAUUCAGAAGUCAAACCUCAUAAGACACCAGAGAACUCACACAGGAGAGAAGCCCUUUGUGUGUAAGGAGUGUGGGAAAACCUUUAGUGGCAAAUCAAACCUUACUGAGCAUGAGAAAAUUCACAUUGGAGAGAAACCCUUUAAAUGUAGUGAAUGUGGAACAGCUUUUGGCCAGAAGAAGUACCUUAUAAAACAUCAAAACAUUCACACUGGAGAGAAACCCUAUGAAUGUAAUGAAUGUGGAAAAGCCUUCUCUCAACGAACAUCACUUAUUGUACAUGUGAGAAUUCAUUCAGGUGAUAAACCUUAUGAAUGCAAUGUCUGUGGAAAAGCCUUCUCCCAGAGUUCAUCUCUUACGGUGCAUGUGAGAAGCCAUACAGGUGAGAAACCCUAUGGUUGUAAUGAAUGUGGGAAAGCUUUCUCUCAAUUCUCAACCCUUGCUUUGCAUUUGAGAAUACAUACAGGUAAGAAGCCUUAUCAAUGUAGCGAAUGUGGAAAAGCUUUCAGCCAAAAGUCACACCACAUUAGACACCAGAAAAUUCAUACUCAUUAAAAAUCUGGAAAAUGGGAAAUCUUUCAUCAGAAAUUUACACCUCAUAGUACAUGAGAAAAAAAUCAUUCUGUAGCAAAGAUCAUGAAUGAGGUAAACUUUAACAAAUGCUAAAAAAAAAAAAAAAACCUAUGGGACAUCAAGAGAAUUCAUACUGAAGAGAAAGACAUUUGUAUGAUAAAAAGCCUGUGCCCAACAAAAACUACAGAAAAGAGCAAAGGUAAUGCUGAAACUUUAAGACACAUUUCCACUAAAAUUGGAAACAAAACAGAUGCUUGUUAUUAUUGCUAUCAGCAUAGAUCUGGAGAUCUUCACCAGUAUAAAAAGAAAAAUAAGUUUUAAGUAUUCGAAAGGAAGAGACAAAAAUAGAUGAUCUGAUCAUCUACAAAUAAUAUAAAACUCUUGUGGUAUUGACUCAGCAGAGCAGAAGAGAUUCCAGAAAGAGAACUAUGCACUUAUUAGAAUUUGGAAUAUGAUAGAAGCAGCUUCGGGAGGUGAGGAAGUAAUGGCACUAUGUUUUAAAGUUAUUUGGAGGUAAUUUGUUCUCCAAGGGAAAACAAAAAAUAGACCAUGAACUAUACACAAAAGUAAAAUCCACUGGGAUUAAAAACAGGAAUAUGAAAAAGCUAUAUAAAAUGAUUAUGACCCUGUGAGUAGGAAGACAUUCCAUUUAGCCAAUUAAAAAAUACUUUAGGACUUUUAUUCAUGAGUGUGUAUACUUGGGAAAUAUGUACCAGGAUAUUUAGUAUGGCUUGAUUUGUAGUAGCCAGAAAUUGGAGACAACUUAAAUAUCCAUCAGGAACAAAAUGGAAAAGUAUUAUGGUGGAAUACUGUAUAUCUGUAAAAUACAACAAAUGAGAUCCACAUGUAUUAACAGAUUUCAGAAAUAAUGUCGAAGGGGAAAAAUCAAGUUGCAAAAUGACAUAGUACAAUGACAUUGUAAAUUUGAAUUAAAACUUUGCUCACAAAAUUUAGUACUAUGUAUUGGUAAUGGAUAUAUAUAUAUAUAUGUAUGUAAAUGUUUUUGAAAAUGGUUAGAAGGAUACAGGCCAAAUUCUUGACAGUGGUCGCCUGUGAAGAGUGGAGAGGGAAGGGAAUGUAUGGGAGGUGGGGUGGGGGUUAAAGGGGGCUCAACUUUUUAUAUAAACAUCAAUUUCUUUUAAAUAAAAAAGACUGCAAGUAAAAGUUACUUAUAUGAAGUUACUGGUUAAUUCUGGGUUGUGACAUAUGGAUAUCUUGUCUUAUUUUUUGUACUUUUCUGUAUUUUUAAAAUUUCUCAAAACUAGUAAGAAUGGGGGUGAGAAUGGAAAGGAGGUUAUCUGUAGAAAUCAUGUUAUAAUGGAUUCAUUCCCAAUUAAAUACUAAACUUUUUAUAGAAAAUAUUUCUAAAAUUUUAUCAACAAUACGUGGAUGGACUUGUUCUCUAUGUAAUAUGAAAUUAUCUAUUUUAUUAAAAUUAAAAAUUACAGAAUA